UCUUAUCAUCUUCUCAUCAUCGUCCCAAACCAGAAAGGUCCAAACUUUCAACCCAUUUUCUCAAAUUGGAGCAGAGUCUUGGGGGCAAAAAUGGCUGUUCAAGCUCUCUCUACAAUGACAGCAACUUCUAAGAGCAUCAACCAGCUGAAUUACAGAGGACCCAAUUCAUCUCUCCGGACAAAAAACGCAUUGGAACCGAAAAAUCUGCAGUGUCAAUUACUUGGUACUCCAGUCAAUUUCUCUCUUCAGUCCAAGAAUUUCAAACAAUUUUUUUCAAAACAGUGCCCCAUUAGAGCCGCUGUCGCCUUCAUCCUUCCCCGUGGAAAGCCGGAGCCUGCAGUACCUAUAGAGAAGAUUCCUAAAUGGUCGGCGAAGGCGAUAAAAUCAUUUACCAUGGCUGAACUGGAAGCAAGAAAACUUAAAUAUCCUACUACUGGAACAGAAGCUCUUAUCAUGGGGAUUUUGAUUGAAGGGACGAAUUUUGCUUCUAAAUAUUUACGGGCAAACAGUAUUACUCUCUUAAAAGUACGUGAAGAAACUGUCAAAAUACUUGGAAAAGGGGACUUCUACUAUUUCAGUCCCAAGGAACCUCCUUUGACUGAAGAUGCGCAAAAGGCUCUUGAUUGGGCCCUUGAUGAAAAACUCAAAUCCGGUGACAAUGGGGAGAUUACAACUACUCAUGUGCUCCUUGGAGUGUGGUCUCAACAAGGAUCACCAGGUUAUAAGGUAUUGGCUGCAAUGGGCUUCAAUGACGAAAAAGCUAAAGAAUUGGAGAAUGUAAUUUCAGAUCCUGGAUUUGUGGAUGAUUAAGAGGAUGAUUUUGCUUUAAUGUAUUCCUUAAACCUAAACUGAGGUUCCAAAUUUGCAAUCAGAUUGGUCAUUUGUCGCGA